AGAUGAACAGGGUUUCACAAAAGAAACGCAGUGGGAGCUCAAAGGUCAUGCCAACAUCAAAAGUGCCUAGGAUGUCACCUGCAACAGUCCCUAAAUUGCCUGAGAUGUCCAAUUUGGAUAAGACAACGCCCCUUGAAUUUGAUCCUCUACUAUUGAGAUAUGGUGUGAAUAAUCGCAGGUGCCAAGCUCCGACUUCUUAUCCAAAUCAAACUUUGAAAUCAUUUCAGUCCUCUCCAACAGGUAAUAUGGUUUCAAAAAAAGCUACACCCACUCGAAAUGUAUUUGAGGUGUCCAAAUCAGAUAAGGUAGCACCAAUGAAAUCUACACCUUCUCCUAAACUACCUGAAAGUGCAUUCAUGACUUCCUCCCUUGGAAAUAAAACUCAGUCAAACAGUACUACUCGUGGUAUUAUAUUUGGAACUGGUCAUUCUAGGCAAAAUAAUAUGGUUCUUUCUUGUAAAAAUAUGCAAAGUGGCCCUUCAAGUGAUAAAUCUCAACCUCCACCUGAUCAUGUUGGUGAUGUUCGGCCUCAUCAUAAUCAUGAUAAAAAUGGAGAAGGUAUGCAUUACGUAAAUCUCACUGCCCAGAUUACUUAUUAUAUUCUAGAUAAUUUUCUGAUUUUUAUAUGCUGGAGCUUGCCCAACCGUUAUUUGACUUUUUUUGGACUUUUAUUUCUUCCUUCUAUUUCUCAAGUAAUACUUUUAUAAAGGAGAAAUGCAACUGGAAAGGCCUAAACUUGUAGUACAUUACAAAUAUGGCUAUAUGCUAGGCAUAAUAACAUCUCCACCAGCAAAGCUUAAAUUUGCAGUACAUUAGAUUAUCGUCAUUGUUUUAGUAUGUCAGAAUAUUGGAAUAUCAAAGGCAAAAAUGAUCUUUUACUCAUUACUUCUGAUAAGAUUUAUGUGGUGUUUUUUUAAAAUUGUCACAACAGGUGAAUCAGAGCGUCGUGGACUACACAGGACUGAAGAAAAUACUUUUAUAUCAUCAAGUCAUGAAGUUGAAACAGAGGAUGAUGCAGAGGAAUUUCCAAGAACUGAGGUUGACAAACGUGGGCGGGGACCUUGUAAACAAAUAAAGACAUCUCGUCUCGUUCAUCUUAGUAAGCAUAGAAUUGAAGUUCCGUACAACGAAGUUACCAGGAGAGCAACAAGUGCUGAGAUACAUAGCCUCCUGGUUCAUGAUGUUGGAGCUAUCAUUCGAUCACAUUGUCCCAUGGAUACAGGUUUCUGGGGGAAACUUUCUCCUGAAAAGAGAAAAGACCUUAUGGAUGAGAUCACUACAAAUUUCAAGAUCAACUUUGAAGAUCCAGAUAUUAGCGAAUACAUCAAUAGGUUAUACAAUGGAAGGUACAGAGAAUACAAGGCGGAACUGAGUAAGUAUUACA